CCUCCAGUCCAGAUUGGGGCAGUAAUGCUCCGUUAACAGUCCCAUGUCAUCCUACAGGAAGAGAGCAGCGACAGCAACAACAACAACAACAACAGCGUCUGGCAGCUGUGCAGUUAUUGCCUAAUGUUCGAUAUCAAAUUUACGUUAAACACUAUAAACUCACUUGGAUUUCUUUGUCUAUCAUCUCGUUGGGUCUUUUAAAUAUUUAAUGGAUGAUCAGAUCUAGACCAUAUAACUGCUGAAGAUAUCAGAAAACCAGCGGUGAACUCUUCUCUGACAUCAUGGCCCAGCAGAGAGGAGUCAACAGCCUUCAGUUCAACCAGGACCAGAGUUGUUUCUGCUGUGCCAUGGAAACAGGUGUCCGCAUUUAUAAUGUGGAACCUUUAAUGGAAAAAGGUCAUUUAGAUCACGAGCAGGUGGGCAGCAUCGCCCUGUGUUCAAUGCUUCAUCGAUCAAACCUCUUGGCUGUAGUGGGAGGCGGCAUCAACCCUAAAUUCUCUGAAAUCUCAGUAUUAAUAUGGGAUGAUGCUCAGGAAGUGCGAGACCCCAAGGACAAAUUAGUACUUGAGUUCACAUUCACCAAACCAGUGCUCGCUGUGCGCAUGAGACAUGACAAAAUCAUCAUUGUCCUGAAAAACAGGAUCUACGUUUAUAGUUUCCCCGACAACCCUGUCAAGCUUUUUGAGUUUGACACUCGAGAUAACCCAAAAGGUUUGUGUGACCUUUGUCCUAGUUUGGAAAAGCAGUUGCUGGUUUUCCCUGGACACAAAUGUGGCAGUCUACAAUUAGUGGAACUUUCCAACACAAAACCUGGCACAUCUUCUGCCCCUUUCACUAUCAACGCCCACCAAAGUGAAAUCGCCUGCCUGGCACUGAACCAGCUGGGCAGCGUGGUUGCGUCUGCCUCCAGAAAGGGCACGUUGAUCCGUCUGUUUGACACUACAACACGAGACAAGCUAGUGGAACUACGGAGAGGAACUGACCCUGCUACACUCUACUGUAUUAAUUUCAGCCACGACUCAUCCUUUCUGUGUGCAUCAAGCGACAAGGGAACUGUGCACAUAUUUGCUCUGAAAGACACCAAACUGAACCGUCGCUCUGCUCUGGCACGUGUAGGAAAGGUGGGUCCGGUCAUCGGGCAGUAUGUGGACAGUCAGUGGUCUCUGGCUAAUUUCACGGUGCCGGCUGAGUGCGCUUGCAUCUGUGCCUUUGGGAAGAACACCUCCAAAAACGUCAACUCUGUUAUUGCCAUAUGUGUUGAUGGGACAUUCCACAAGUAUGUCUUCACCCCUGAUGGAAACUGCAACCGCGAGGCUUUUGACGUGUAUCUGGACAUUUGCGAUGAUGAUGAUUUCUAAGGCUGGAGAUUGAGUUUUAUCUAAUGUAAAAUAGUAGUCACUUUAACAGUGAACUCUAAUGGUUAAAAUCUUCCUGUUGCUUGUUUCUGUGAGUUUAUAUUACUGCCUUGUAUAAUCAAAUGUAUAUAAAAAUCAGCCUGUGAGAGUAAAUGUCUUGUAAACUUUGAUCUUAUCACUCCACAUGCAGAACCUUUGAACACUUCUGAAUGAUUUCUCAUCAUUCUUCGUCCUGUUGUUGAGCUGUUACUCUUGAGGAAUAAGGUCCUUUACAUUUUAUGGAACUUUAUUCAAGAUUAAAACAGCCUUUUGGGAAUGAACCUUUAGAAGUGGAUUUUGGUGUUAGGCUGUGCUGUUUUUUAUGUAAUAAAUGGUACAACUUCUAAUAUGAUUUUUAUCUCUGAUCAAAUCAACGUAUUUUACACUGUUACAUAAAGGCAAAAUAUGAUUCGUUUUCAGGUCAUAUACUACAGUUCAAAAGUUUUGGUUCUCUUAUGCUCAACAAGGCUGCAAAUAUUUAAUAAAAAUACAGUAAAAACAGUAA